AAGUAAUCGUCUGAUUGGCUAGUCCAACCUGAAUCGUGACUGUGCCGAGCCAGUAAGAGUCAGUACACAUUUUCCCUCAACAGCUACUCGUACGUUCCCUAAACCAAGUCCUUGAUUUAAGUUUAAGUUAAUACUCAAAAUCAAAAGAAAUUGGAAAUUCAAUUUUGUGAUCAAUAUUUUCGCCGCUAUGGCGAUAGCUAAACAGUUGACGAUUUAUUUGUGCCUAGUUGUGUUCGCUUUAUCCGUUAUUUUGAUUCAUUCUUUCUACAUUAGUGAUUAUCAGUCGUACAAGAAACAAUUGAUUUCGUUUUCUUCUUUCAAUCGCACCUGGAAAUCGGUUUCAAAAAAGGAAGUACAGGAAAUGUAUGCCAAUAAUGCUUUGAGAUCGAAAGCUGACCAUCAUGUCGCUAAAGAGGAAACAGAUUCAGACCAUCUACUUACAACAACACCCAAUAACACGACCGCUAACGAGUCGCCACUGAAAAUCAUUUUAAUGUGGAAUGCCUGGACCAAUCACAUAGCCGAUAAGCCUCUAGUCAAGGGACAAUGUCCCGUCAAAUCUUGUCUUUUCACGACCGACAUGUCGCUGAUGCAGCAAAGUGACGUCGUUGUCCUUCACUUUGACACGCUGGAAGACUACCCGGUCAAUCGCCAGCCGCACCAGCGAUUCGUUUUCUACCAUUUCGAGUCUCCGGAUAACACCGCGUCGGAAUUAAUGAACGAUUCCAACUUCCGCUACGAUUAUUUCAAUUGGACCAUGACUUAUCGGCGGGACUCGGACAUUUACCUGCGUGAUUAUUACGGCUCCCUUAUUGCCAAGGCCUCCAUUAAGAAUAAUUCUCGUGAAAUGAGAUACAAUUACGGAAAUCUGACGAAUAAUAAUUACAACGACCAGAUUAUUCCUGACGCCAUUCAUAUUCUCCCCGGUAUGGAAUUAGUGAAAACGGAUUUGAAUUUUACCGCUCUGAUUCGUGGCAAGAGUAAAAUGGUGACGUGGUUUGUUGGACACUGCACGACGCCCAUCCGGCGUGAAGAGUACGUCCGCCAGUUGAGCCAGUACGUUCCGGUCGACAUUUACGGCAAUUGCACCCAAGAUUGCCCGUACCACUGCGACGAAAUGUUGCGCGCCGAAUACAAAUUCUACUUGGCCUUUGAAAAUUCCUGGUGUCCGGAUUACGUGACUGAAAAGUUCAUCCGGCCUUAUGUUUAUGACGCCAUCCCCAUCUUCCUCGGCGGUGCCGAUUACAGUCAGUUCGCCCCGCCGCAUUCUUACAUCAACGCCAGAGAUUUUCAUUCGCCAAAAGAAUUGGCUGAUUAUUUGAUUCUGUUGGACAAGUCGGACGAUCUGUACGCCCGUUACUUUGAUUGGAAAAGAGACUAUUACGUUUCUGUUCCUGAUUAUUACGGAUGGUGUGAAUUAUGUCGAAUGGCUCACGAUAAUACUCUGCCGAUCAAAGUGUAUCACGACAUCAAGCAGUGGUGGAUGUUGGAUGCCGGAGAAUGCGAAUCCAAUUCAACCAAAUAUUUUUGAGAAUCUAUUUUAAAAAUUUUGUAUCUAUGCUGAAUAAUAUAAAUUUUAAUUUAAGAGAAAAUUCGUGAAUUUUGUCACGCAAACGAUCUUGAAA